AUGAUAACUUCACUUUCAUGGAUACCAAAAGGGGCAUCAAAGGCCAUGCCUUAUGAGGCUCAGUCUCCUUCUAAGGAGGAUAUCAAAGAGCUCAUUCAUAAUGGCACUUUCAAGAAAAGUCUCAGUGACAUGGAUAUGGACGAUGAGAUAAAGAAUUGUGAAGUUGCUCAUGCCAAGGCUGUAGCAAAAUCUUUUGGCAAACCAUGUUCCGAAAGCAAGGAUGCUUCUUCUUCUUCGUCUACUUCAGCAGAUCCUGAUAACGUAGUCAACUUCUUGAAAGAACUCGACAUGGAUAACUAUGACGAAGAAGAUGAUGAAAUUGAACUGUUUAGCUCUGGACAAGGAGACCUUUAUUAUCCAAGCAAUGAGAUGGAUCCAUACCUAAAUAAUACCGAGGAUAAGUAUGACUCCGAGGAUCUUGAUGAUAUGACAAUUAGGCCAACUGAUUCACUGAUCAUCUGCGCUACUAGUAGAGAUAAAACCAACAAUCUUGAGGUCUACGUAUACGAGGACACCGGGAAUGGCACUCACAACUUGUAUCUUCGUAAUGACAUAAUUAUACCUGAGGAACCACUGUGCACGGCAUGGCUUGAUUGUCCUCUCAAAGGAAGGGAAAAAGGGAACUUUGUAGCUAUUGGGUCUAUGGAGACCUCAAUAGAGAUAUGGGAUCUUGAUCUUGUAAAAGAGGUGCUACCUUGUGUACGACUCGGACGAAUAGGUGGAGAGACAUCACAAGAUUCCCACUCUGAACCAGUGAUUGAUCUUGCUUGGAACAAGGAGUUUAGGAAUAUAGUUGCUAGUGCCAGUGCUGACAAAAAAGUUAAGGUUUGGGAUGUGGCUACAGGGAAGUGCAAGGUCACUAUGGAGCAUCAUAAAAACAAGGUUCACGCGGUCGCAUGGAAUCAUUAUGCUCCAGAAGUACUCCUCAGUGGGUCUCGUGAUCGCACCGUUGUAUUGAAAGAUGGAAGGGACCCUUCACACUCAGGUUUGAAAUGGUCUACCAAGGGCAAAGUUGAAAGCUUGGCCUGGGAUCCUCACAGUGAACACUCCUUUGUGGCAAGUCUCAAAGAUGGAACUGUGAAAGGCUUUGAUAUACGUGCUUCUCAUCUAUCACCAAAUUUUACUCUCCAUGCUCAUGAUAAUGAAGUCUCCUCCAUAUCAUACAACAUACAUGCGCCCAAUCUUUUGGCUACAGGAUCUGAGGAUGGAAGUGUGAAAAUUUGGGAUCUUUCAAAUAAUCAACCAUCAUGGAUUGCUACACACAUGCCAGAUGCGGGAAAAGUGUUCUCCGUAUCAUUCUCUGCGGACUGCCCCUUCUUGCUCGCUAUUGGUGGCUCAGAGGGGAAUCUAAAAGUGUGGGAUACACUGUCGGACACUGGCGUGUCCCAAAGAUAUGGGAGCAACCGACCAUGA